GUUAGUGGAAGUAUUUUUGUUUUAUUUCGUGAACUUUUUAAAAUAGAAAAUGUGGGACAAUGACCUAGAAUUGAAGUUUAUAGAGUUUUUUCAAGCAGAGCCCAUACUAUGGGACACAAAACACCGAAAUUACAAAAACAAGAAUCUAAAUCACGACGCGUGGGGUAGAAUUGCACAAUUGAUGGACGUACCAAUACCAGAUCUCAAGAAGAAGAAGGAAUCUCUUUUUGCAAGUUAUCGGAAAUACAGAAAGAUAGUUAAAGAUUCCUACCAAUCGGGUGCUGGGGAAAAUGAAUUAUACAAACCAGUAUGGUUUGCAUAUGAGGCUUUGGAUGGAUUUCUGAGUGAUGGACUUACUCCGAAGAUAACAAUAAAUACGCAAUCAAGGGAUGAACAGCCAGGCACAAGUACAAUUAUUUCAGAAUAGGAAAUAAUGAAUAAACCAGGAGAAACCAAAAAUGAAAUAACAACACCACGAACUGGUCGUUCUCGUUCCCUUCAGUGCGAGGUAAAAGAGGCCGGAAGGCAUGUGAAGGAGGCACUGAGUUUGUUUCAAGAAAGUGUUAAAAGAAGGGAGUCUCAAGAACCCCCGGAUGACUGUGAAAUAUAUGGCAUGGGGUUAGCCAAGAAAUUAAGAGCUUUCUCUGAAGAAG